AUGCAUCGUUGUAGUGUAUUUAAGAAUUCGUGUAUUAAUGUUCCAGUUGAUCCUAUUAGCAAAAUGCCAAAAACUGCGCACGAACGUAAUGGAAAUAAUGCAGCCGAACAGUACUCAAUUGAAUCAUCUACGUCUUGUUCAGUUACAGGAGCUGACGUUGAUUUUGAAAAAUUAAAAGAUUUUUACAAAAGUAUUCCUGACUAUAAUGAUAUUAAUCAUUUAUCAGAGUCGGAGUUUUAUUCAACUUUGAAAAGUUUAAGGGAGAAAAAAAAGUUGAUGCUUGGUAUCGCUGUUGAACAUAUUGAUAAUUGUAUUGAUGAUAAAAUAUAUACCAAGUCUGAUAGAAAUAUUUGUGCAAGUACAAGUUUAAGACGUUAUAACGAAACAACUCUCUCAAACAGCAUAGAUAAUGAUAAAAUAAAACAUAUUUCCCGAAAUAAUGUACCAAAAAAUCUCAGAAGAGGGGUUCGUAAAUUAGACAACACUGUAGUUGAAAAUGAAGGAGAAAAAUUUGAUCAAAUGGAGUCAACAAAGAAAAAUACAUCAUCAGUAAAAGAUAAUCCUAAAUUGAGCCGACCUAGACGUAAUCAUUCCGCAUGUUCCAUUUCUUGGCAUGAUGAUAAAGUAGAACAUAAAAAUACUGAAAUUGAUGAAAAAUUUGAGCAAUAUUUUGAAGGAAACAGACAGUUAAACGAUGACGAUUUAUAUAAAACACAAAGUAUGCCCUCAAGUCCUCUUAGAACAAGAGCUAUGGGUUCGAGUCUACGACGACGUCGGAAAAGUAUUACCAUACCAAAGCCAUUUAAAAUGACGGAAAGAGAUGCAGAAAACCGUAUAGUCAAUGAACUUCGAAGUCUACAAAAGUCACUGUCGGAAGAUAUGCUCCAUCAAAAAAAGGAGAAAAAACGGUUUCGAGUUAAGCCUGUUCCCAUAGAGUCCCGUAUUCCUUUAUACGAUAAAAUAUUAGAGGAUCAAGCCAUGAGACGGGCAAUGACGAAGAUAAAUAGUGAAGCAGAGCUAAGGGCGCAAAUGAAACCGUUUAGUUUUACUAAAAAAGAAGAAACUGGUAUCGGUGCUAUGUGCGCAAGAACUGCAAAUGUUUUACCGAAAUGUAAGAAGAAGAAACGCUUCCGUGCCCGUCCUGUGCCCAAGAAUCUUUUCUCUAAUUAUUUUUAUGAAAAAAAUAAAGAAGAUACGUUUUUUCGCGCAAUGAAUCGUCGUAUACGGGCAGAGGAAAUGUUACGUAAUUCAAGUUUACCAGGUAGUACGGCUUUACGUGAUCGAAGCCGGUUAUCCACGCCUGCAGCACACAGCGAUCUACCGAUAGAUCCGUCACCUGCAGUACCCUCUGUUACCUCAUCGGACAAAAAUAGAUCGACAAGUCCGACGAAAGAUAAACGAAAACCGAAAAACUAUAAAGAAGACUUCAUAACGACAACUCCACGGCCUUUCCGAUUUAACACAGCUGAAAGAGCUUCUAAAAAGAUAAGCGAUAUAUCGAAGAAAAUUUACCAACAUUCUAAGAGUAGUUGCAGUGCCGAUGACAGCUUAGGAAAGAAUAAUACAAUAUUCGAUAAAACUGAAGCAUAUACAGCUUUAGACUUAAAGGGAAUUGCAGCAGGGAGAUCCAAUUUGGCUGCUUUGUUAAGAGCAGAAGCCGUGAGAAGGAAAUUUGAAUUAGAAGCGGCUAGACAUUUAGCAGAUCAACGCAAGCGAGCUGAGACAAAGAAUCGUGACCGCGUACUCCGGGCUAAUCCGGCGUGGCAUUUAGUCAAAAAUAACCACGAACAGGAUAUAGCGAUGCGGCUACAGACCAGGCGUGAUGAGGAAAGAAUGAGAAGAGAGGAGUUUCUUCAUGAAAUGGAAUUAAUGUAUGGUAGAGUGCAACAGCAGCCCAUGUUAUUUGAAAGGUAUUAUGCUCCUCGAUCUGGCGCAACUACUGUCGAUUCUAUUCAACUGUCACCAAGAAAAAGUCCAAGUAAAAAAAGAGCCACGCGGAUGAGCAAAUCUUAUCGUUUUCCUAAUCCUAGUAUAUCGUCUGAGUUUUGUGGCGAUUUAUUCAAAUACUUGGACAAAAUUGAAAAUGCAAAGACAAAAAGUCGUUCACAAUUAUAUGAAGACGUAGAAGCUAUAGAUAGCUUGGACAGAGAAUGAACGUAUUAUAUUACCUUCCAUAAAAUAAUCGAGUGAUUGUUUCUUUUAAUUAUGAAAAGGUUACGGACGUUAUUGUUACAACCAAAAAUAUCUGAGAGAUAUGCUAUAAUUGCAUAAUAGUUGAUGUCCGUUUUUUUUUCUUAGAUUAAAAACCAAUUCUACGUUAUUUACCGAAU